UCUCAAAAUGUUUCUGAUCGGAGCGGAAGGAGGUCAAGGAGGAGGCGAAGAAGAACGACUGAUGUUUUUUAUCGCUUGAUUUGCUCACACCCUUUUCCUGAAUAUGUCUGGACGGUCGUGGUUAGUUGAUGGCAACAGAUUUGCAACGAAAAUCAAGAGUGCAUCUGAGACAUGUGAUCCUGGAAAAGUCAAAUGGAAAAGCAAUCCAACAAAGGCUUGUCCAGAGUGCAAUCAUAUUAUUGAUAACAGUGAUAUCACUGAAGAAUGGCCAGGUUUACCCAAAGGUGUGAAAUUUGAUCCGUCAGAUCAAGAGAUAAUUUGGCAUCUACUCGCAAAAGUUGGUGAGGGGGAUGCGAAACUCCAUCCUUUUAUUGAUGAGUUCAUUCUAACCGUGGAUAAAGAUGAAGGAAUCUGUUAUAGCCAUCCUCAGAAUCUACCAGGUGUUAAGCAGGAUGGAAGUAUGUCUCAUUUCUUUCAUAGAGCAAUCAAAGCUUACAACACUGGAUCACGAAAGCGCCGGAAAAUACUCGGUGAUGAUCUUGGUGAUGUCCGUUGGCAUAAAACUGGCAAGACCAAACCUGUAUUCUUAGAAGGGAUACACAGAGGGUGCAAGAAGAUUAUGGUUCUCUAUAUGAACAUGGCAAAGGGUGGGAAACCUGAGAAGACUAAUUGGGUUAUGCACCAGUAUCACCUUGGCACAGGAGAGGAUGAGAAGGAUGGAGAAUUUGUCAUUUCUAAAAUUUUUUAUCAGCAACAAGGAAAACAGAGUGAUACGAUCGAACAAGACCCGCCUUCUAAUGUUCCUGAAGCUGCAAUUACAAAAGUAGAUCCACUCACACCGAAAUCUGUGACUCCUGAACCUCGUCGUACUGACAGGCGGCAUUCUGAUCUUAAUGUUGGACAACCACCUUCAAAACCCUCUGUCCUGCAUCCUGAGAAUCGAGAUGUUGAAGAUGGGGUUCAACCUACAAUGGGAAAUCUUAAUGGAGAAGAUCGCCUUGAAAUGGAAGAUCAUGAUACCCAACAAUUUAAUCUUGACCUUCCACAAGAAUUUACUUGCAUGAAACCUUCCCUGCAUCGUGAGACAACAUAUGUAGAAGAUGGGGUGGAAGUUGCAUGGGAAAAGCUUGAUGAUCAAGAUCACCAUGAAGUUGUAAAUCAAAAUGACCACACGGUGGAUGAUUAUGAUCACAAUGAGGAAGAUCCAAAAUGGUGGGAAGGAGAAUCGCAGUUUAUUUUAGAUUCUCAGCAGCUUGUGGAAGGGUUGUCUUUAUGUGAUGAUCUCCUUCAGAGUCAGUCCUCAAAUCCUGAUGUAGAUGGUGAAGAAAGAAAGCCCAAACCCCGUCUUUCUGAUUAUGCCCGCUUAGGUCCUGAGGAUCUAAAAAAGGAUUUAGAAGAGUGCCAAAAUUUGGCACUUCUUGAUCAUGGUGAUAUUGAUCUUGAUACACCCUCAGAUUUCAGACUGAGCCAACUUGAGUUUGGAUCACAAGAUAGCCUUUUUGCUUGGGCCGGGACCAAGUCAUGUGAUUGAAUGAAGUAUGUGCGUUCUUCGGUAAGAUGGUCCCAAUUUUUGGUAGCUCUAUCAGCUGCUACAACUGAUUUGUUUUGGUACAUAUGCAAUGACAGGUUUGGAGGAAGUAUAGGGUUUCUAUUUUCUUUGAUCACACUAAGAUCAUAUUUAGUUUUUUUUGUAGCUCUAUCUGCUGCUGCAACUGUUUCAUUUUGUUAUAUAUACAGAGAGCUUUUACUAUAAUUCCCUUGUAAGUAUGCACAAUGAACUUAUGCUGACAUUGAAAUCUAUGUGUUUGAGAUAGACUAAUUCAACUGUUCAGUAACUCU